AUGCGAUCGAGUGGUCCAUUCAUGAGAUGGUCAAAGCCGGUGUCGUUCCGCAAGGUUUCUGAGAAGCGGUCCAGCGAGAUGCUGCCCGUUGCCGUUGGUCAAGGAAUGGAUAUCAUGUCAAAACGAAAGAAGAAGCAGCAGUCCUUGAAAUUGGUAUACCUACGGCAAAAGAAGGGAAAACGGUCGAAGACGAAGACAAAAGAAGGCAAGAUCAGACCUUCCCGGUUUUCGACCCCUACAUUCGAAGGCUUUACCAACGGCAAUGGGCAGCUGAACCCGUGGAGCAUUGUCAUUCCUCGUUCUUGUCCAGCUGUAGGGGCUGAACCUAUUUUGUCAUUGGUUCAGGGGUUCGACACCCGCAGCUUUGCCCGCAACGCUAGGAAAUUAACGGCAACUCUCGAUUCCUUGAUCGCUCGCUUUGGAACACCACUUCUCAUAAACGACAUCUCAGGACCGCUGCUCUGGUUCUCGUUUAAGACCCGAUCUCUGGAACACCUUUUCAAUUCAACACCCGAGAGAAGAUCCUGUGUCUACUCCGACGUGAACAAAUAA